GUCAAAGUCAGCUAACAGACCUUCAUGGGGUUAGAUGAGGGAACUAUACAGAGCGACGCUUCAUCUCUGACCAGCUGUAAACCUUGUGGAUUGUGCUGGGGUUAACUCUAAACCAAAUGCGCAGAAACAAUUAAGAAGAUCCUGAACUUCACAACAGACAUUUACUCACACGCCAUGCUGUGUUUAGGAGAUUCUGCUGAGUGCCUCCGGGACCAAAUGCAGUGCAUGAUGAGAUCCUUGCAGGACCUGAAGCAGAUAAGCAGACCGAGGCCACUGAGUGAACCAUGUGCUCGGUCCUUUGCUGUGACACGGCUCUGCAAACAGAGGGCACAGCAAGAGCGACUCACUCGUCUACGUGUCUCUGACGCCAGUACAUAUGACUCUGCCUGCUGCCUGGCCAGCACCCUGGAAGAAGAGGAAGAGCAUCAGGAGCAUGAACGGUUAACACGAGACUCCCCAAGCAGUGAAAAGAGUCUGGACUUUGACUCAGGAUACUCUGAGGCUUCUUGGCACGAUGAAGGUGUGGUGCUGAGGAGGACCAGGAAUGUGCGAGUCUCCUCUUCUGCCUGCAUCCGCACGAACCGUGGACCUUCUGGCCGAAUCCGCCCCAAAUCCACUUCGGACGCUUGCCUAGAGCGCUGGACCUCAUUUGAGGCCAGUGACCCAGAGGACUGGACAACAUUGCUGCUGAGCCGCAGCAGGAACAGACAGCCUCUGGUUCUGGGGGACAACAGCUUUGCUGACCUAAUAAAGAACUGGAUGGACCUACCAGAGUGUCCUGAGCCAGCAGAACUAAAACCCAGUGCGGGCCGGCGUCUUGCUAAAGACAUUUUGAUCAAUAUGCGGCGCAAAUUGGCAGGAAUGUCUAAAAGUGUGGAGGUGAGGCCAGCAGACUCCAGGAGGGUCCACAGGGCUGCAGAGGCUCCCAAACGGAUGUCCUGUCCUGUGGGACUCCAGGCUCUCAAACCUUUCUUUCACCAAUCCCACACAGGCCUACAUCAACCAGACACUGACUUCUACCAGUUCACCGCUCUCAUGAAGACAGGCAGCCGACAACCCAUCAUAUGCAAUGACAUCAUUGGAUACAUUUAAGAAAGGCUGUAUUUGCAGGCUGAGCCUUAAUACGAAAUAAAAUAAGAUGAUUCUAUUUUCCUAAUUGGAUUUUUGUCUACAACUUUUGUCUGGAAUAAAAGUGUUUUGGAUUUAA